AUAAAAAUGGUUGACACCCAAAAAUGUUCAAACAUCGAAUAUAAAAAUAACAAAACUGCCAAUUUUAUAAAUAAAAUAAUAAUCAGUAAAAUUGUUGUUGAAAAAAAUGAAUAAAAUAAACAAAGCUAAAGUUUAAAAAUUAAUAUAAUUUAUUAGCAAUUAUUACAUAAUUAUUACCGGUUAAUUUUUAUGUAAAUAUUUUGAUUGUAUUUUUUGUGUCAUUCUCGUGAUCAUCGUGACAAGUGACAAGUUAAAUAUGUCAAAUUGGUUGACGCCUUUUAGCUGUCAUUAAUUUUAAUUGUGUUUGUUAAAAAUUAUAAUUAAUAAAGUUAAAAAAAUUUAACAAUGACAUUUUGUUAAUUAAAAAAAUAACUAAAAAUUGUUUGUUGAUUAAAUAAAUAAUUAUAACAAUGGAAGGUAUUUUUCAAAAUGGUAAUUAUCAAAUUGUAACAAAUACAAAUGACAUGGAUAGUUUGGAUAUUCAAAAAGAGGAUACUCUGUUGGAUCAUAUGGAAAUAUCAAUUGUUGAAGCUGAAAAACGUGCAAAUGGUGGUUUAAAUUUACGUGAAUUUUACACAGUUUAUCUUGUUGAAACAAAAGUUAUUGAUGAUAAUUUUGAAGAUGCAUUGACAAAUUCAAGUUCACUAUGGCGACGUUAUACAGAAUUCGAAAUGUUAAGAUCAUAUUUAGAAGUGACUUAUCCAUUUGUUGUAUUACCAUCAUUGCCAGAAAAAAAAGUAUUGUAUGCUUGGCAAAAAGUAACAACUGAUACAUUUGAUCCUGAUUUUGUUGAUCGUCGUCGAGCUGGUCUAGAGAAUUUUCUUCUUCGUGUAUCAUCACAUCCAGUACUGUCAAAAGAUAAACACUUGAUGGGUUUUUUACAAAUGAGAGAAGGCUGGAAAGAGAGUAUAAAAGAAAGUGCAUAUCAUCAAAUGACUGAAACAAAAUUAAAAGCUUUAAGUAUUGCUGUUAGACUUAAAAAUCCUGAUAAAAGAUUUGAAGAAGUUAAAACAUAUGCAGUUGAACUUCAGAAUAAUUUGAAUAAUCUUCUUCGUGUACGUGCACGUCUAGCUGAAAGACAAUAUGCAUUAUAUAAAUUACAUGCAAAUUAUGGUCGUGUAUUUAGUGAAUGGAGUGCAAUUGAACAAGAAUUAGGUGAUUGUUUACAAAAAUCAGGUCAUUAUAUUGAUUCACUUGCUUCUGUUAUUGAUAGUCAUUUAGAAGAAGAAGAAUUAAUUGCUGAUCAAUUAAAAGAAUGGUUAUUUGGUGCAUCAGCAUUACAAGCUGUUGUUAAACGUCAAGAAUCAUUACAAGUUAAUAAAGAUGAUGCAAGUGAUACAUUGCAAGCAAUAUAUGAACAAAAAGAUAAAACAGUACAAGGUAAAUCUGGUAUUAUGUCAAGAUUAUUUGGUUCUGUUGAUACUGAAGAAGUUAGAGAAAUGAAAGUCACUAAAUUGGAACAAAGAAUAUCAAUGAUUCAAGAUAAUGUCAAACAAGUUGAUGAUGAUUUAACAUUGUUUACAAACAAAGCCUUGGCUGACAUUGAAAGAUUUCAGAAUCAAAAAGUUUUAGAUCUCAAAGAGGCACUAACUGCUUAUUGCGUCCUCCAAUUCAAGCUGUCACGAAAGGGUCUACAAACUUGGCAACAUAUCAAACAGUGCUUAGAAAGUAUACCAUAAAAUUGUCAUAUAUUUUAUUUGUCGUUGGGCUAUCAAACCAGUACCUAAAGUUUUUUUUAAAAAAACAAAAAUCAAUUUAUCUUGAAAAAACAAAUACAAGAAAUAUUUUAUUAUUUCUGUAUACAUUCCUUGAAUUAUUAUUUUUUUUUAUUUUAAAAUAUUCUUAUCACAAUGUGCAGUAAUUGUUUUUUUUUCUUUAAAUUAAUCUAGAUAAAUUAAGCUAAUGAUAAUAUUUAAUUUUUAAAUAAAUAUAAACUGCCUAGAUAAUUUAUUGUUGCCAUUUUGUUAUUAAUCAUAAAUUAAAUAAGAAAAAACAAUAAUAAAGUAAUUAUUUAUCUUUAAUUUUAUUGUUAACUAUUUAUAGAUAUUAUGAAAUUAAUUUUUGUUGUAUACUUUGAUGAAUUUAUUAACAUAAUUUAACUUGUGGCAGCAAUGUUGUAAUUAUCAUUGAGAAAAAAAAAAUGACAGCAAUAUAAUAAACAAAAAAAAAUAUUAAUCAAACAUUGCAUAAAACAAAUACACAAAUUGCACAAUCAUUCAAGUCAUUUAUGUAUUUUUAAGUAAUUUAAUUCUAUGACAAAAUGUUAGUUUUUAAUCAAAUUUUAAUUUGAAAUUCAAAAAAAUUUUUGGCUUAUUUAUUUGUUUUUUAUCUUAUUUGAAUAAUUAAUUGCUAUUAUUUUUAUUUUUUAUAGUUUAAGAAUGUUGGCGUAUUAUAAAGAAAUUGUCACCUUGCAUUGAAUAAAUUUUGUUGAAAUAUAAUAAAAUUAAAUGUUAAAACUCGAGGUGAACAAAUAAAUCUUGUUUUAUUUUUUUUCAUUUGUCCUUCAUCAUGAUGAUGAUCAUCAUUAGAAAUAUGUAGUUAACACUAAUUACUUUUAACCAUUGAUGGAUUAACUUGAGGUUGUUGAUGUUCAAAUAUAUUUGGUCUGAUUGAUCAAUCAAAAAAAUUUCUAUUUAUAAAUACACAAGUACUUAUGAAUAAUAAACCAUUUAAAAAAAUUUUAUUAGUAUUUUUUUAAAUACUAAAAUAAAUAAAACAAAUAUAAAUUAAAAUAAUUUUUUUUUAUUAAAAUUAAAUUUAAAAAAUCUUAACUUAAAAAUAACAAUAGAAAUUAUUUAUAGAAAAAUUUUAAUAAAAACCUAAAAAAUUAAAUUUAACAAAAAUAUUAGCCAGUUAAUUUUAAUAAUAAAAUUUUUUUUUUUCUUAAAUUACUAAACAAUAUAUUGUUUAUUGUUAAAUAUUUUAUUACAUAUAUAUAUGUACAAUAAAUUUCAUAGAUACACAUCUUUAAUAAACAUAGUAUCACAG